AUGUAUGCCGGAGCGGCAUCAGAAGUCAUUCCGUCGUCCAUCUCAUCAUUACAUUAUCCUCAUCAUUUUGGUAGUUUCCGAUCUCGGGGAGAAUCCAAUGUCUCUCGUGAGACAUCUCCAUUAUUAGUUACUGAUGAGAAUGAUCUUGAUUUACGAUCAGUAAACUCCAACCUUUCGGCCCAUUCGUAUGACACAAAGUCUCACUUCAAAUUCUUUUCAGCAGAUGAGAUUGAAAUGGCUCCUGGGGGUUCAACAUUGGACAAUCCUGAGGAUCCUGUAGAUUACAAUACCAAUUGGGAUUAUUCUGUUGAUAAAUUUGAAGAGUUACUGGUAGAAGAGCCUCAGGUUCAAUUUAAUCCGAAUGCAGAGUUCAUGCAAGAACCUGUGAGUGGUCAUAGUAGUCGAUUACAAUCUCCAGAACCUUCAGGUUAUGGAUCUCUUAGUUAUGAUAGACAUAGACGAGACUCGGAUGAGAGUAGUAAUAAGAUUGAUGAUGAAGAUGAAGAACUGCAUAGUGUGAAAGUUGAUGAUGCAUUCAUUCGAGAUUAUCCUGCCAAAUUAAAUUAUCAGAGAUACUAUCUUGCAGAAGAAGAUUUGGUUAUUGGUAUAGCUGGAUAUUCCAAUUGUUUAUGGAAGAGAGUUGUAUAUUAUGUGAUCUGUAUACUCACAUUGGGGAUAGGAUACUUAGUUUUAAGGUGGUUCCCCAAAUACAGAGUCAACUUAAUGGGGAAUCGUUCUCCACUUGGGAUUAGUGAUUGGUGUGUAAUAGAAAAUGAGUUUGGAGAAUUACAGAUUGUUCAUAUUGAAAAGAGUCGAUUGAAUGAACCGUUGUCGAGCUUUUUAACUUUAAACCCAGUCAGAGAUCAAGAAGGAGAAGGAGAAGCAGACCGAGAAGGAGAAGGAGAAUUACCCAGUAAGGAGAAUGAUCCUAUUAUUCCAUUAAUUCAAUCAUUUACUUAUAGGUACUUGAAGUUCUUCUAUGAUCCAGUGGAGGAUAUGUUUCGUACCAAUAGUAAUUGGUAUGACUUGAGAUGGUUGAAUGUUAAGAAUACUAAAGAUGGAGUAUCUCAGUCAUUACAGGAAAGACGAUUAGAUAUCUUUGAUGAGAAUAGUAUAGAGAUCUUGAGUAAAUCUGUUGUACAAUUAUUGGUAGAUGAAGUGUUACAUCCAUUCUAUGUAUUUCAAGUAUUUUCUAUCUUUCUUUGGUUGGCUGAUGAUUAUUAUUACUAUGCAUCCUGUAUAUUCUUUAUCUCCAUGAUUUCCAUUACUAAUUCAUUAAUUGAAACUAAAUCUACUAUUAAAAGAUUACAAGAAAUCUCUCGAUUUUCUUGUGAUGUAAGAGUAUGGAGAAAUGGAUUUUGGAAACAGAUAGAUUCUAAAGAAUUAGUACCAGGAGAUGUAUUUGAAGUAGAUCCUUCAUUAUCGAUAAUUCCUUGUGAUGCCUUAUUAAUUAAUGGUGAAUGUGUUAUUAAUGAAUCUAUGCUUACUGGUGAAAGUGUACCAGUCUCUAAAGUUAGUGCUACUCAAGAUACUGUUAAAUAUUUACCAGAGAACUUUACUCAUCCAAUCUUAUCUAAAUCUUAUUUAUAUAAUGGUACUAAAUUACUUAAAAUGAAAUCAACUAAUGAUGAACCAGUCACGGCUAUGACUAUUAAAUCUGGUUUCAAUACUACUAAGGGAUCCUUAGUGAGAUCUAUGUUAUUUCCUAAACCUACUGGAUUUAAAUUUUAUGAAGAUUCCUUUAAGUAUAUUGGAUUUAUGACUAUUAUAGCGGCAUUAGGAUUUAUAUAUUCAACUUAUAAUUUCAUUCAAUUAGGUAUGGAAACUAGAGUUAUGGUAUUACGAGCAUUAGAUAUAAUUACAAUUGUAGUUCCACCAGCUUUACCUGCUACAUUAACUAUUGGAACUACUUUUGCUAUUAAUAGAUUAAAGAAACUUGAAAUCUUUUGUAUUGCUCCUACUCGAGUUAAUAUCGGAGGUAAAUUGGAUGUUAUAUGUUUUGAUAAAACAGGUACAUUGACUGAAGAUGGGUUGGAUGUGUUGGGAGUUCAUGUGGCCAACAAUGCAGAAGGUAGAAAGGAGAUUGUAUUUCAUGAUAUAGUUAAGGAUGUUAAGGGAUUGAACUUGAAGAGUGUGCACCAUCACGAUCACGACCACGAUCACGAUUCUAAUAAUGAUCCAUUCUUUCUUGCCGGGAUGAUAUCAUGUCACUCCUUACGUCUUAUUGAUGAUGACUUAUUAGGAGAUCCUCUAGACGUGAAGAUGUUUGAAUUCACUCAGUAUCAAUUCCGAGAAGAUGAAAAUACUAAUCGGUCCAUACUUUAUGGAGGCAUAGGUCAUGAUUCAUAUACCAUUUGGAAGGAAUUAGAAUUUGUAUCAUCUUUAAGACGUAUGUCCGUGAUAUCUCAGUCUCAUGAUAAUCAAUAUUUCUUAUUCACUAAGGGAGCUCCCGAAGUAAUGUAUGAUAUCUGUGAAUCAGAAUCCAUACCAUCUAAUUAUGAGGAAUUAUUACAUCAUUAUACUCAUAGUGGUUAUAGAGUUAUUGCUUGUGCCUAUAAGAAAUUGGGAGAUAGACCUAAUUUAACUGCUAGUAGAGAAUCUACCGAAUGUAAUUUAAUAUUCACUGGAUUCAUUGUUUUUGAAAAUAAACUUAAACCUACAACUAGUCAAACUCUUAGAACACUUAAUGAAGCAGAUAUAAGAACAGUAAUGUGUACUGGAGAUAAUAUCUUAACUGCCAUUAGUGUGGCUCGUGAAUGUGAAUUAGUAGCCCCUGAUAUAGAACAUAUCUAUGUUCCAAGUUAUGAUGAAAUCAGUCAACAAAUCGUGUGGGAGGAAGUCAAUAAUCCUCAAUUGAGAUUGGACUCUACUACCAUUAAACCCAUUGAUGAGAUCCUUCAUGACCCUGCGGUUAAAUAUAAAUUGGCUAUGACAGGUGAUAUAUUCCGGUACUUAUUGACGGAAGUCAAGAACCAAUCGAUUAUUCAUGCUGUAUUGAUGAAUUGUGAUAUCUUUGCUCGGAUGUCACCCGAUGAGAAACACGAAUUGGUCGAACAAUUACAAAAGAUUGACUAUACAGUGGGAUUUUGUGGAGAUGGAGCUAAUGAUUGUGGAGCAUUAAAAGCUGCCGAUGUAGGGAUUUCUCUUUCAGAAGCUGAAGCAUCAGUGGCUGCUCCAUUCACUUCAAGAAAGUUUGAAAUCUCUUGCGUUUUAGAAGUUAUUAAAGAAGGUAGAUCAAGUUUGGUUACUAGUUUUUCGUGCUUUAAGUAUAUGUCAUUAUACCUGGCUAUUCAAUUCAUUACGGUAACUAUUUUAUAUAAGAGAGGUACUAAUUUAGGUGAUUUCCAAUUCUUAUAUAUUGAUCUUAUGUUGAUUCUUCCCUUGGCUAUAUUUAUGUCAUGGUCAAAACCUUAUCCAAAAAUCAUUUCUAAGCGUCCUACUGCUAAUCUUGUAUCACCCAAGAUUCUUAUUCCACUUAUAUGUCAUAUUACUAUUAUUGGAAUUUUCCAAUUAUUGUUAUGGUUACAAGUUCAAAAACAACCAUGGUAUAUUAAGCCUGUUCCAGAUGAUGAUGAACAUGUUAAAUCUUCAGAUAAUACGGUAUUGUUCCUCUUUUCUAAUUUUCAAUAUAUCUUAAUUGCCAUUGUGUUGAGUCAAGGUCCUCCAUAUCGUGAAUCAAUGGUUCACAAUGUCCCCUUCCUUGUUAACCUUGUAGUGGCCAAUUUAGUAUCGGCUUACUUGUUUACUAUUGAUGGUGAUUCAUGGUGGGGAGACUUUAUGCAAUUGACUAAUUUAUCCAGAGGAUUCUAUUGGCUGAUUGUAAUUAUGGCAGGUAUCAAUUUAAUCAUUAUGAAGUACGGAGAAGAGAUGUGGUUUGGACAAUUAGCCAAAGUCUACAAGCGUAUAUUCCACAGAUCUAGAUUGACGAAAAGUAAAAAGUUAUUUAAGAAUCUUAACAGAGAGUUUUACCAAGUACAAACUGUAUAG